UGCGUGGGAAAGUUUUCCUCCAAGGCAAGAGCACGCUACUCCUCCUCCACACAGCGGGACAACAAGUCUUUCAGCACCGACUUAAGCGCUCUUUUGUUCCGCCUCUAUUGUCCAAUAGCCCCGUUGGAGGACCACCAGCGUGUGUGAGGAUGAACUCAUCCCGUCAGAAGUGAGACACCCCCCGGGAGACGGCGGGUGGAAGCUUAAGGUUUGUUUCGUUGUUUUUUUUUUGUGAGCGGCUCCUCCGGUGCUCUCUGCCCGCCACUGAGGCCAUGGGCUGCGGCUUGAGGAAGCUGGAGGACCCGGAGGACAGCAGCCCCGGGAAGAUCUACUCCACGCUAAAAAGACCUCAAGUGGAGACUAAAACCGAGACCGUCUACGAUUAUGUCCUGUUGGACUUCAGCUUGGAAGGUAGCCGUCCCACAGUGCAGUACGUCUCCUCGCUGGCCGAGCUGCCCCAGGCGCUGCAGCCGUACUACACGCAAGGCUACGUCCUGACCGCCCUGCACCCCAUCAUCCUGUCUGUGGGCCGCACGCGCUCGCUCCCCUUCAGCCUGCUCUACCGCGUCGUCCUGGCCCGGCCCAGAUUAAGUCAUCAGACGGCGUCCAUGUGUCACAGCGUGCCCAUGCUGAGGGUGGAGGAGUGGCCGCUACCCGGGGACUCGCUGACGGGCGAUACCGUUCGAGCGCUCAUUGACAGGGUGAACAGCAGCGCCCGAGGAGGAGUUCGCUUCGUGGGCUCGGUCCUCCAGCAGGUGAGCGGUCUGAGCAAUGGCGGUAGGAUGCACAGUCCUAAGGGGGGCUGUCACUCGCCGCCGCAGUCUCCCCCUCGCACGCCACCUGGAGACAAGGAGCUGGAGGAGAACACCUACAGUCCUGACAUGCGACUCCUGGUCUUCUUCCACUCCUGGGUUCCCGGUUGUGCCCCUCUGGACUCGUUGGCCUGUCAGUACCACCAGGGGGCGCUCUCUAUGCGCGUGUCCAGGAAGGGUCAGGUGGUCAGCGCCCUGGAGGCCGACUGGCUGGAGCUGACGGCAGCCUACUACCGCCGAGGCUGGUCGCUGGUGGAUUCCUUCGUCUACUGGGACACGCCCAGAGGCGAGCCUGUGCCGCGGUCGCUGGAGGGCCUUUUCGUGUACGAGGAAAAGAGCACCGCCCCUCCCGCCAACGACACUAUCGUGGUGGAGCAGUGGACCGUCAUCGAGGGUUCCAACGUGAAAACCGACUACGGGCCCCUCCUUCACACACUGGCUGAGUUUGGAUGGCUGCUCAUGUGCGUGCUGCCCACGCCCAUCAUCCGCCAUGACAGUGAUGGGAAUCUUGCCACCAAGCAGGUGGUGUUUCUUCAGAGACCAGUCAGGAAUCAGGCAGCAUCACACCACAGGAACCAGGUGGUGCACAGUGAGGUGGCCAGUCGCUCCUUGAGCCGGUCCGGCAGCAGCGCCGCGCCCAGGGAAGAGCUCUCCCCCGCGGCCGGGGGCAUCGGCGGCUUCCCGGUAUUCGGAGGCGGGUUCCCCAGUUCUCUGUCACACCUGGAGGAGGGCGGCUUUGAUCCGGACGAGGGGAAAGCGGAGGUCACCUGCAUGUGAGCCUGUGUGAUGCUCAGGCGGUCCCGGAUGGAGGAAGAUCCUGACUCCUUGCUCCUCCACUGUGGAAGCACUUUUUUUUUAACAGAAGCCAUAAUGAGAGGACGAUCACCGCUUUAGGCGACUUUUGUUCCAGAAGGUUCAUUCCCAUCAUUUCUGCACAGUGACAAUGGUUCCCUUUUGUUACCCUCAAAGAUGUCCUGAAACAUUCCAACACUCCUGUUUACAUUCCUGGAACACAGGACGCCAUCAGACUCACAUUUUAACAAGAUAGCAACACAAAUCAUGAUUUGAUGACUAAUUCUUCUUAACAUUGCAUCCUUUUUUGUGGGGACAGUUUGGGCGAGGCUCCUGUCCUGUUUCCAUUGCACAAGGCAGGCUUGGGCGAGUCUGGUGGAAUUAAAAAAAACAACAGACACUCCAAACUCUUGUAGAAAGUCUUGGAAGAAGAGUGAAAGUUCUACAGAUACAAAGUAGGGGAACAGGUCCACAUUUUCUUCACUUUUCACUUUCUGUCCCAAUACUUUUGCCCACAUAGUUCUCGUCUUGAAAUGACGAUUCAACAGUAUUACGAUGUUUGUGUUUAUGGUACCGACAGUCUUUUUUUUCAAUGUACCAACUUUUGGUCCAAUAAUUUGUACAAUAAUUUAAUCUACAGUUGUUCUUGUAGCUUUUGCCAGGAGUUAAGUUCCAGGAACCCCCCCAGAAAUGGCUAAGCUAAAGCCAUCAAACGAGAUCUUCUAAAUGGAUUUCCAUUUUUGAGCAAGGAAAAUCUUGCAUAUUUUGUGUUUAAACUUUUUCUUUGACUUA